CAAUAAAAGAGGGAAGAAGUUGAAGAUAUGUGGGUAGGUCUGAGUUUUUAUAAUGCUUUGAAUAUGCUCUUCUUCUUCGUCUUUUCUUCUUCUUCUUCCUUAAUUGCUUCUGCAAUUAAUCCCCCAUAAAAAACCAAAUUUUAACAGUGAUUCUCAGCUAUAAAUCUCAUGCAGGCAAUCAUGAUGAAACUGUUUGGGGCUCUGUGCUCUCCUCCUAGCUUAAUUGCCCUUCACCCACCUCUCUAUCUCACCAUUAAUAUUACAUAUAUCUAGAGAGAGAGACCUACACGUAUUAGAGAGAGAAUAAGAGGAGGGUCACUUUCCUGGUUUCUAUUCUUGUUGGUGUGUUAAAAGGGUGACUGUAAUCUGCUCGGGGCGCCAUGUUUUUGCCAGUAAUGGAGUUCUCAGGCUAAGCUUCCCUUUACGGCGGCUCCCAUCCUUGUUGGCACUGAAUGCGUUGCAAUGGGCGCCGUUAAAAGGAAGAGAGGGUUUCUUCUUCCUCCUCCUCCUCUCUUCAUCUUCCUUAUCAUUGUCGUUUUCUCCGAAAGAUCUAGCCUUGUUGUUUCGGCCUUAAAUUACACCAGAUAUAGGACAGUUGGGAGCUUGAGGCUCGCCAGGAUCCAGAGGCACUUGGACAAGCUCAACAAGCCUGCUGCCUUAACCAUAGAGAGCCCGGAUGGAGAUAUCAUAGAUUGUGUUUAUAAAAGAAAACAGCCAGCUUUGGAUCAUCCACUCCUCAAGAAUCACAAGAUCCAGAAAGCGCCACCAGAAAUGCCAAAGAAGAGAAAAAUGAAAGAUCAGGAAGAUGGGUUGGGAGAGAGCAACUACGAUAGAAGCAGCAGCAAUAAUAGCAGUGAAAGAGGCGGUGGCGCGUGGCAGAUUUGGCACCAGAAUAGGCGGCGCUGCCCCAAGGGCACCGUCCCCAUACGGCGGAUCAAGGUCCACGACGUGUUAAGGGCCAAGUCCUUGUUUGACUUUGGCAAGAAGCAACGCUCAUCCCUUCCUCUUUCCCGGCGCGUUGAUGCACCCGAUGUCGUCUCCGGCAACGGUCACGAGCAUGCGAUAGCGUACACGGGGGCAUCGGAGGAGGUGUACGGAGCCAGGGCGACAAUAAACGUGUGGGACCCAGCCAUCGAGACGGUCAACGAGUUCAGCCUCUCCCAGAUCUGGGUUCUCUCGGGAUCAUUCGACGGCUCCGAUCUCAACAGCAUCGAAGCCGGCUGGCAGGUUAGUCCGGAGCUUUAUGGUGACAGCCGCCCCAGAUUGUUCACUUACUGGACGAGUGAUUCGUAUCAAGCGACUGGCUGCUACAACCUUCUGUGCGCCGGCUUUGUGCAGACCAACAGCCGAAUAGCCAUCGGAGCAGCCAUUUCUCCGGUCUCCUCCAUCGGAUCCAGCCAAUUCGACAUCACCAUCCUCAUUUGGAAGGACCCGAAGCUGGGGAACUGGUGGAUGGGGUUCGGCGACAACACGCUGGUGGGAUACUGGCCGGCGGAGCUGUUCACGCACCUGGCGGACCGCGCCACCAUGGUGGAGUGGGGCGGCGAGGUGGUGAACUCGCGGGCCGGCGGGCGCCACACCUCUACCCAGAUGGGGUCCGGCCACUUUGCGGAGGAAGGGUUUGGAAAAGCCAGCUACUUCCGGAACCUGGAGAUCGUGGACGGCGACAACAGCCUCAGCUCGGUCCGGGAGAUCUCCACGCUGGCGGAGAACUCCAACUGUUAUGACAUCAAGAGUUCCUUCAACGACCCAUGGGGCACUCACUUCUACUACGGUGGGCCGGGGAACAAUCCCCGGUGUCCAUGAUUGUCGUCGUCGUCGUCACUCAUAUCUUUCGUAAUUUGGGUUAUUUUAUCAUAAGACUCUUUAAAGAUGAUUUAUUUUAAAUAAAUAAAUUAUAAAGAGUCUUUGGUUAAAAUGACUCUGAUCACGAAAGUUUUGAGAAACAAAUUUACCCACGUGUUUUGUAUUUUUAUUAUUCUUUGUGAAGCAAAAUUUGCUAUUUCCAGUCUUGUUUAUGCCAGUUCCGCAAUUCUUUUUGGGUCGAGGUCGGGAUCGGGAUGCGCCUGCCAGUGUGUUAAAUAACAAAAAGGCAUCAAACAGGUGUGGAAAUAGCAAAUAUAUUAUUAUUGUUAUUAUAUUAUUAUCAUUAUUAUUGUAAUGGUUAAUUAAACUAGAAUUGAUGUUCAUUAUUAUUGUCACGAGACCCCUAACUAGUUACAAUUACUUUAAUUUCUGUUA